AUGGCUCAAAAUGCACUUGCGGGGAAUAAUCCCCUGGAAGUAGAUGAUGCCCUUGCUGACACUGAUUCGGCUUACAAUGAAUCAAUGGGCGUCGAUACCAUGCGUUUCAUGAAGGAUCAUAUGUUGUGGUUUGCUGCUAGAGCUAAGACCUAUAGUAAACAUCCUUCCGCUCAAGUUAUUGGCACUGACUUGAGCCCUAUACAAUCUCCAUGGGUACCUCCAAAUUGCGUAUUUGAAAUCGACGACUUUCACACAGAUUGGGUGUAUAAGAACAAAUUUGACUUCAUCAUGGCCGCAUUCGAACAUCUGAAAUCUGGAGGAUAUUUUGAAUUUGAUGGUGCCUAUGCACACUUUUUAUCUGAUGAUGAUACUCACAAAAAGGCCGAGAAUUGUCAGUCGUGGCUAGAAAAACUGCGUGAUGCAAGUGCGAAAUUUGGCAAGAGUAUUGAGAAUGUACGCUACUGGAAAGAAAAGAUGGAAAAGGCAGGGUUUGUUGAUGUGAAAGAGGAAUCCUUCAAGGUCCCAAUUGGUCCAUGGCCAAAGGAUCCGAAGUUAAAGGAGAUUGGAAGAUUCCAGCAAGUUCAGCAGAUCCAGGGGGCAGAGGUUUACACACCGGCCCUUUUCUCCCGAGUUCUUGGCUGGAGCAAAGAGGAAAUAGAUGUGUUAUUGGCAAAAGUACGAGAUGAAAUCAAGGAUCGCUAG